AUGCAUCCCACUCGAGGCACGCUUCGCUCCGAGUCCUAUCGCCCUGGUCCUCCUCUCCUCCCGGACUCACUCACCCCGCGCAACAGCGAGUGGUCCGAUAGUCAUUACGACGAUUCCGGCUACUUCUCACUCAAGCGUCCGUCAUUGGAUUCCGACAACGGGGAAGAAGAUUUGUUCAGCAACAGGGCGAAGUCGCUGUCACCCACAGUUGCCGACCAUACCACAGAGGAGGAGCUAGACAAGGGCUUCCAGCACGCUGGUCUGGUCUUCGGGGACUGGCUGAGUGACAUCAAUUUCCCGUACAUUCAGGCCAAGCGAACGGUUCCCAACUUUCCCCGCGAUCUGUGGGAGGAGCUUGCAGAAUUCUUGGGUGAUAAUCACCCAAUAUUGCGUGCAAUCUCGUUUGAGUAUGACACAGUCGAUGCGGUUCUGACAAUGACAGGCGCAUCAGACCUUCACCAGGAUGCCGUUCAUGGAAUGCAGACAGAGAUCGAUGUGGCGGCACAGCCUGCUCUGGUUUUGGGCUCACAUCAGAAUGUGGCAAAUGGAGGGCGAACACUUCUUGUCAACACAGAAGACGGUAAGAUACGAUUCAAAAUACCCGACAUGACAACAUCAUUACGCAUCAACCCACCGCAAGAUGGGUCAGGCUCUGACUCCGAGACCCUUGAGGACCUGGAGUCCACAAACGUGGAUGCCAUCGAGUUCGAGGCUAGUGUGUCUCAAACGAGGGAUAAUGUGUUCGCGAAGGUAAUUGUAGAUGGGUGCACUACGCAGGGGCCAGAUGGCCGGGUGUACAAACACCUGACCUGGAUUGUCAUCAACAUCGAUGAGAGUGCGCGCACAGCGUCAGCCAUUCCGAGCUUCAACACGAUGGAUCACAACAUAUCGGACUACAGGUCUAUCCCCAGGCGAACAGACGAGCCACAUAUUCUCAUCGGUGGGAUUGCUCACGGGCUUGACAUCCUGCUUGGCAAAAUCUCUGCCGAGGUAUACGUAUUCCGUGGGGCUCAUGACCUUGACCUCCUCGCUGAGGGAGUGCGCAACCACUGGGGCCCGCAAGCUUACUUCGAUGCCGGCCUUGGGGUGCGGGUCCUUCCCCACUACAGCGGACACGAUGGGAUCAUCCUACGCAAUUUUCUGGCCAAGUGGGACGAAGCGAUGGUAGCCCUUCGGAGGCUCGCCAUCACCACUGGGACAUAUGCGGCACGCCGCUUCUACAACAUGUCCCUCGCCGAGUGGAAGCAAAAGUGUCCCCACCUCGAAUCCCUUCCCCCGGUUCGCAAUCCGAUGCCAGGCAUCAUCGAGAGCUUGCGUCAAGGGUCCUGGCUCACAGCGGACACUCGACGCAAGAAUCAGCUGCGUGAUGACCAGCCGCGGAGCAUAGAGUUCCACAACGCAGACCCCGAUAAGGCGUGGAAGUGGGCAGAGGAAGACAUCGCAGCCAAGAAAAGGCGUAAGAGCAACAGUGGAGGCGGCUCGGCAGGACCCUCAGUCAGAGACAACGCAAAGAAGCGCCGUCUCGACAUGUUGAGGUGUUCUCAACGCCCAGAAGUGCCUGCGCAGCCUGGCAAGGCGUCCUCGUCUGAGGACAUCAAAGACUCGUUCGAGGAGAAGUCCGAGGCAGCGGACUUGGACUUCGAGGAGCCAGCCACCCAAGCGCCGUCCCUGGCAACGGCUAAGGCAUUGGGAAAGAGACCCCAGAAGCCGAUUCCGAAGGGAAGGACAAGGGCGAAAGGCACACAGGGCUAG